AUGUACGGGACUACUGGAUGGCUCUUCACUAUUCUCGAAAUUAUCGGAGUGUUCAUCAACGUGUAUUGCGUAGUUGUGGUAUACAUGUUUAUGCAACGAUUAGCGGCCACGACGGACGAGUACGAGGGUAAGAAGCCUCAAGUUCCAGCAGAGCUCUUCCAUUUACCGGCAAAUUUAGUUUAUCAACCUGUCCAGCGGAGGAUGCCGGAGGAAAUAAUGAAACAUUCUUAUCCUCCCCAAACAACCCCCAUGUAUCAGAAUUAUCCGCCGUAUUCACCGUCAGGGAUGCCUCAGACUCCUUUACCAAUGCCCUCAUCACCAUAUCCACCAGUUCCUCCAUAUCCAGUGGAUGAUCACGAGUGGUCGCGGCACCUGAUUUGGCCAUGGUUCAUCUGUAUCGUCUCGUCGAUCCUCACUUCGUUGGCCUACUGUAUUAUGUGGUGGGCAGGGGAUGUACGGGACUACUGGAUGGCUCUUACUAUUCUUGAAAUUAUCGGCGUUUUCAUCAACGUGUAUUGCGUAGUUGUGGUAUACAUGUUUAUGCAACGAUUAGCGGCCACGACGGACGAGUACGAGGGUAAGAAGCCUCAAGUGAGGUACAAGGUCAACCGAAACGGAUACACCAGAAAGCCGCUCGACGAUUAUCGCACCAUGUAUCAGAAUUAUCCGCCGUAUUCACCGUCAGGGAUGCCUCAGACUCCUUUACCAAUGCCCUCAUCACCAUAUCCACCAGUUCCUCCAUAUCCAGUGGAUGAUCACGAGGUCUCGGCCUUUCAGAGUGUGUUUGCUCCUGCUAAAUUUCAUAACUCCCGUUUACAAUACUUCAUUUCCACUCUACAGCCAAAUUUCACCUUGUUUGGAGCUCAUCUAAGCGACGAUCAAGAAGCCGUCAUGCCAACAACUCCUCCGAAUCCGAGUCUCCAGAAUCAACCCAUGGUCAUAAAAGGCGACGACGGAGUCGAACACGAUGCUCCGAGUCCGAGUUCACCGAGACAACCGACCGCUGGGAUAGAGCCGAAAAAGUCACACAGUGAUCAUCACAACCGUGACCGGGACGAUCGUCGGCGGCGGAAAGAGCGAAAUGGAGACGAUCACCGUAAACGUCGGCAUGAACGGGACGAGUACGAGAGGAACGGAAGAGACGAUAUCGUCGAACGGACCGGCGAGAGGCGAUCUCGACGACAUGAGCACAGAAAUGGCGAAGCCUCGAGAUUGGAAAGGCCUGAAAAGGAAACUUCUUUCGAUACCGUGCAGACCGAUGCCACAUUCCCACUCUCCGGUGGGAUAUCCAUUCCACAGCACAUCGUCAUCCCCCCAUCGAUGGGUGAGCGAGGUCCUGACGGAAACCCUCUCCCACAAAAGUUUCAAAUCAACUCGGAGAUCACCAUCAACUAUGACGGAUUGAAUCCCACACCUCAAUCCGAUCCUAACGAACCAUAUCGAAGGAGAUAUCCGCGCGUGAGGUAUGAUCGAGAGCCGAAGGCCCGUUUCCCUGAAAAAGAAGAGGAUCCAGUGGCACAUUGGGUGAAGGACCAACAGAAAAUAGGAGCUCAUCCAAACGACGAUCGAGAAGCCGUCAUGCCAACAACUCCUCCGAAUCCGAGUCUCCAGGUUUGUAUAACCAUUCGCGCUGGUGAGUCUCACAGUGAUCAUCACAACCGUGACCGGGACGAUCGUCGGCGGCGGAAAGAGCGAAAUGGAGACGAUCACCGUAAACGUCGGCAUGAACGGGACGACUACGAGAGGAACGGAAGAGACGAUAUCGUCGAACGGACCGGCGAGAGGCGAUCUCGACGACAUGAGCACAGAAAUGGCGAAGCCUCGAGAUUGGAAAGGCCUGAAAAGGAAACUUCUUUCGAUACCGUGCAGGAUCUGAUGCCAAUCCCACUCUCCGGUGGGAUAUCCAUUCCACAGCACAUCGUCAUCCCCCCAUCGAUGGGUGAGCGAGGUCCUGACGGAAACCCUCUCCCACAAAAGUUUCAAAUCAACUCGGAGAUCACCAUCAACUAUGACGGAUUGAAUUCCACACCUAGUCCGAAUCCUAACGGACCAUAUCGCGGAGAUAUCCGGCUGUGGGUGUGCAGUCGAAUGUUUGAAGAUGCCGCCGCCUCCUAUCCGAUCUCUCAUGCUCAGUGUAUGCUGCCAUUUCAGCUCGCUUUCAAUAAUCUUUCGUCAACUCAUCUGUGA